AGUACUAAGGAGAUUUAAAUUCAAAAUGGCUGAACAUGGCUAUUUACUGGAGAGCAAACAAACUUUUUCAAUAGCCAAAAAUGACAGUUUAUAUUGUUUUUCUUAUUAAUUAACAGUGACAAUGGUUUUGUUUUGUUGUAUCAUCGGAUGUCGACAGCGAGGUGGAUGUAGUAGGCAGGAUAAAAAAAUAUCUUUUUACAGAAUUCCAGCUGUAAUAAGUGAAAAUAAUAGAAAAUAUAGAGCAGUUUACCUGAAGCAGAAAUAUAGAGUUGCUGAUUUCUUUAGUCAAACAGCAGAACAAUACAUUCAACUGUCAAAACUCAGACAAGAGAAAUGGAUAGAAGUUAUAAAACGAGGACAGUUGAGAGAUUCGCAGCUAAGAUCAUAUCGAGUCUGCUCGAGACACUUUAUAACAGGACGUCCAGCUGACUUAGGCGAUAUCAAAAAUCCAGAUUGGAUUCCAUGCAGGGACCUUGAUCUUAAAACUAAUAAGACUUCUAAAAAGAAUAAAAAGGUGAAGAAAUUGCCUAUUAUUUUACACGAUGGAGAUCACAUUUAUAGUAAAAAGACUACAUAUACUGACAAAGGACCGAAGCCAAAAAGUGGAAAAUUUCUCUGCUUUGAUCAUAUAAAAUUCUGGGUUGGAAAUGCAUUGCAAGCUUCCAGUUUCUAUUGUACCAGGCUUGGAUUCCAACCUUUGGCUUAUCGUGGUUUGGAGACUGGAUCGAGGAUCUCGGCAGCCCACGUAAUAAGGCAAAAUGAAAUUACAUUCGUAUUUGAAUCUCCUUACGAACCCGACCAUGAAGAAAUGUCAUUACAUCUUUCUCAGCACGGCGAUGGUGUAAAAGAUGUAGCUUUCAGAGUAGAAGACAUUCAUGCAAUCAUAAAGGUUGCAAAGCAAAAGGGUGCUAAAAUUGUACAAGAUAUACAUGAAGAAAAGGACGAAUAUGGAACAGUAUUGCUUGCAACUAUUCAAGUCUAUGGAGACACUCUACAUACAUUCAUUGAUAGGACAAAUUAUAAAGGAUUCUUUUUACCGGGAUAUAGAAGAGAAACAGCCAGUGAUGAACUAGCGGAAAUCUUGCCUCCAAUCAACUUGCAAUUCAUAGACCAUAUUGUUGGCAAUCAACCUGAUAAGGGAAUGGAGCCUGUUGCUGACUGGUACGAAAAAUGUUUGCAAUUCCAUAGAUUUUGGUCUGUUGAUGAUUCUCAGUUGCACACUGAAUAUUCAGCAUUACGUUCUAUUGUUAUGACAAAUUGGGAAGAAACAAUCAAAUUGCCUAUUAAUGAACCGGCGCCUGGUAAAAAGCGUUCUCAAAUUCAAGAAUAUGUUGAAUAUUAUGGGGGUCCAGGAGUUCAACAUAUAGCUCUCAACACGAAUGACAUUGUCACUGCUAUUGAGAACUUACGGAAAAGAGGAAUGGAAUUUCUGACUGUUCCUGACACGUACUAUGAUUUGCUGAGAAGUCGUCUCCAAGAUUCUGCGACGGAAAUAACAGAAGAUCUGAAUACUUUACAGAAACUAAAAAUUUUAGUUGACUAUGAUGAAAAUGGUUAUUUGCUACAAAUUUUCACCAAGAACAUGCAGGAUAGACCAACACUAUUUAUAGAAGUUAUUCAGAGACAUAAUCAUAAUGGCUUUGGAGCUGGAAACUUCCAAGCAUUAUUUGAAGCAAUUGAAUUGGAACAAGAAAAGCGAGGAAAUUUAUAAUUUUUCGCGUCUCAUUUCAUGUGCUGAGAAAUGAUCUGUAAUUUGUUUUAAUAUUACUCAAUAUAUUAAAUAAUAAGUAAAUAAUUCAUUACAAGAAAUAAGUAAAAGAAAUUAUAAAUCUUUAUUAAUUUAAGUGUACAUAAACUUGUUAAAUGUAUGUCAUAUUUUUAUUCAAUAACUAAAUAGAAAUUAAAAGAAAAUCAAUACAGUUGUUUAAACAUUUUGUUGUUGAUAGUUGUACAUCAGAAACAUUAUCUUUAUUUGUGGAAAUUGUGGUAAAAUAAACAUUGGUUUUUAAUUAA